AGAGAAGUAGUUCUUGUCGUGCUGGUGCGCAGGAAGUGUCCGCUUCUUCCUCGGGGCCACGGAGAGUGCUUCAGUUUCAGGAGUUCAUGCACGACCAGGCGAUGCAGGUUCAACGGCAACAAGAAGAGGCCCGGAAGCACCAGCAGGGCCUGGAAGUAGGUCAGACGAGUAAUCGCAGCCGAGAGGAGCUUGCAACUUCCUCGGCGGCCAGUCGGGUGGACCAGAGUAUCGGUUUUGUGCCAAGUGGGACGGUCACUUUCGUGCGGCAGCGGUCUUUGGAUUCGGAGCAGUCGGAAGACGAGGAACAUUAUGUUGAAAAUGGCAAUCGGCCGUUCACGGCAACGCCGGGAGGUGGUUUCACCGGCGCAAAAAGAACAUCUUCUUCACCCUCUUCCCUGGCCGCACAGGCUCGUCGGUCCGCACUGAUGAGAAACCGAUCCGCCAGACUGCAGGGCCAGAUCCAGAUUCAAAACGUCCCGGUCGGGGCGGUCGAAAAGCUGCACGACCCAAGUAAUGGUACAACACUCGUAGACGUUGAAAAUAGAAUGCCCUCGGACAUCAACAUGAACAUCGAUCCGACUUCGCCGAAGCCGUCCACUGCAGCAGCUUCAAUUUCUUC